AUGAGAUUACAAAAUAAUAUUUUAUUAUUUUUUUAUGUGUUCUUUUUUAUUAUAUAUUUAAAUUUUGACACUGUAGAAUUAAAAAUAAAUCAUAUACAUCCAGAUGAUUAUCAUUCUAAAAUAAAUGAAGGAAUAGGUAUAUAUGGUUCUGAUAAAAGUAUAAUUCCAACAACAAAUGAAGUUUCUGAAAAUAAUGAAAAAAAGAAUAAGGAGGACGAAGAGAAUCAUGACUAUUUAAGAAAUAAUUCAGGAGAUAACGUAAUUAAAACAUAUGGUUCAUUAAGUGAAAAUUUUGAUAAAAAUAAUGGAGUAAAUAUAGUAUAUAUAGAAAGUAAUAGAAAGAAAGAACAGGAAGAUGAAGAAAAUAAAAAAAAUAAUGAAGAAAUAUUAAAUAAAGAAACAGAAGUUGAAGAAAAAAAUAUUAGUGAAGAUGUAGAAGAAAGAAGAAAAGGUGAAGAAGAUGAAGGUGAGGGAGAAGAAGAAGAAGGUGAAAACGAAGAAGGGGAAGAAGGAGAAGAAGAAGAAGGAGAAAGCGAUGAAGAAGAAGAAGAAGAAGAAGAAGGGGAAGAAGGAGAAGAAGAAGAAGGAGAAAAAGCAGGUGAAGAAGAAGAAGGGGAAGAAGAAAAAGAAGAAGAAGAAGGAGAAAAAGAAGUAGCAGGAGAAGAGGAAAUAGAAGAAGAACAAGAACUUAAAAAUGAUUUAAAAACAAGUGAUAAAGAUAAUGAAAAAAUAGAAAUUAAUAAUAACAUAGAAAAAAAUGAUAAAAAUAUGAAUGCAGCACCACAAGCAACAGUUUAUGUUAAAAAUCCAUGGAAUCAUUUAUUUAAUAUAUUUAAAAAAUCAUCACCACAACUUAAUAAUGUUAAUUAUUUUAGAAAAGAAAUUCAAAAUGAUUUUGCAUUUAGAAAUGGAUUAUAUUUUACUGCAACAACAGCUGGUGCAUAUAAUAAACAAGUAAAUUCAAAUAAAUAUGCUCAUAUGAGAUUCCCUGAUGAUACUAUGAUUUUAGUUGUAACAGCAAAUAAAUUUUUUUUUCAAGAUUUGAUAUAUUCAAGUAAUAAAUAUGUAUCUAUUAAAAAAAAAUUUACUUUUAUAAUGAAUUCUAUAAUACGAAAUUUGAAGAGUAAAUUCUAUUUUAAAAAUUAUCAAUAUCAAUAUUUAUUUAGAAGUGAUCCUUUUGGUUAUGAUGAAACCAGAAAAUUAUUAGAUUUUGAUUUAUUAGGAGAAUUAUCAAAAGCAACACAAACAAUAUAUCUUGACCCAUAUAAAAAAAGUAAAGUAAGUAUGCAUAAGCUAUAUGGUGGAUGGUUUCACUUUUUAGGAAUCUUAGUUGUAAAUGGUUAUUCCUUUAAUGAAAUAGAUAAUGGAGAAAAAAUAGAAGUAGUGCCAAGUUAUCUAUUGGAUGAAUUUAGAGAACAGGUAAAUAAGAGACAUAAUGGUUAUCAUAGUAGUUAUGCAAUGGGAUUAUGGAGAGAUUUUCCUAGAAAUAAAUUUACACCUUGGAGAUUUUCAGUAGAAUUAUUUUUAUGGGAUCUUUUGAAUAUUUUACCUCAUGAGUUACCACAUCCAGCUAAUCUUAUAUUAUCUUAUAAUAAAAAUAACAAAAUAAAUAAUAAAACUCAUAAUGAAGAAUUAAAUGUAAAUUCCAAAUAUACUAAGGAUGAAAUAUUAAACUGGCACUUAACUCUAAAAAAAAAUAUAGAAAAAAUAAGAGGUUUAGAUGUGGUUAUGGUUUCAGCAGACGAUUAUAAGAGAGAAAUUAAUAAAAAUAACGUUAAUUAUUACAAUUCAGAUAAAGUAAAUGGAUAUAUUUUCCUUAUAUUAUUAAAUAAAGAUUUUUUUGUAAGCGAAAUUUUAAAAAGUGAAAAUUAUAAAGAAUCAAAAAGAGAUUAUUUUAAGAAACUCUUAAAAAAUAUAUUAGAGGAACUUGAAAAUAUUUUAGAAGAAUUAAAAAACAUCUUAUAUCCUGAUAAUGACGAUAAUAAUCCAGUUUCUCAAUUUUAUAAUUAUUUAUUAGAAGAAGAAAAUUACAAGAUAUUGAAUCCUCAUAUAUUAGGAGAAAUUGCUGGUAUAACUAAACAUUUAAAAUGUGAAAAUAUUCCUAAUAAUGAAUGCACAAAAGAUGUGUCAAUGCAUUAUAAAUAUGGUGGUUGGUUCGAAUUUGGUGGUGCAAUUUAUGUAAAAAAUGUCAACUAUAUUAAACCAAUUUAUGAAAAACAUGAUAUUAUUAAAAAGGAAUAUGAAAAUCCUAUUUUAAUACAAUCAAACUGCAGUUGCCAGGGUGCUGGAUUAUGGAGAGAUAUACCAGAAAAAGAUAUGUCACCAUAUAGAUACCCCUUAAAUGUUUUUGCUUUAGAAAAUCCUCAAUUUAACAUUUUGAAUAUACAGGAUACCCAUCCAUUUAUAUUAAUAGAUAUAUUAAAUAAAGGACUACAUGCAAUGAAGAUUCAAGCGGCACAAAUAAAUGAAAAAAAAAAUAACCUAAAAGAAAUACUUGAUAAAAAAGAAAAUGAAAUUGUAAAUGAACUUCCAGAAGGGGAAACAAAGGAGUUGAAUAAAGAGGAAUAUGAAAAGACAUAUGUAGAACAAAAAGAAGAAGAAAAUAAUGUAGAUAAUAUUACCAAAGAAUGUAUAAAAACAGAAGAAAAUGAAAAAAUACUAAGCAAUCAAAUUUCUGUCAAAGGUAAUGAUGAUGAAGUAAAUGAUAAAAAUUUAAAAUACGAAAAUGAAAAUGUAAUAGAUUAUAAUGGAGAAAAAGAUAAUAUUACUAUCUUUGAUGCUGAAAAUUUUUUCAAUCUUAAUAAAGAUGAAGAAAAAAGAUUAUUAAGAGAAUUUGACAUUAAUGAAGUAAUUAACAAAGAUAUGAACGAGAACGAAGAUAAGAUGUUUGAAGAUAAAAACGGAAGAACCAGAAAUGGCUAUGUUGAAGUUGAAGAGAAUGAAGAAAUUGAUAAUAAUGAAGAACAAGAACACGAUGAAGUAGAAACUAAUGAGAAUGAAGAAAAUGAGAAGAAUGAUAUAUUAAAUAGACAUGAUUCAUUAAAAGAUUCUUCAAAAUACAAUGGAAAUAUUAUAUAUAAUGAUGAAAUAGGAGAAGCAGAUUUAGAAGGAAAUAACUUAGAAAAUAUUAGUGAUUCUUAUGAGUUAUAUGAAGAUAAGAAUGAUUUAAAUAAAUUAAGCGCUGAAAAAGAAAAUACAAAUGGUUUUAAAAGUAAAGUGUUCAUAUUCAUGAUAAUAUGUCUUAUAACUAUUUGCAUUGCAUUAUUUGUUAGUAUCGGAAUUAGAUUAUAUGCAAAAUUUAUGAAAAAAAAAGUAGUAGGUAAUAAUAGAAUAGUAUUAGCUUUCAAAGAUAAAGAAGAUAUCCCAGUUGUUCAAGGUAUCCCAGCACCAUGGUUGAAUGCAUAA